GCUCUGCACUGUGUGAAUGCAAGUCAGCUGGCAGACCGGCGAGAGAAGAGGAACGGCGCGCGAGGAGGAGGGCGUUCGGUGCAGAGUGUGUGUCUGUGUGAGUGUGAGUGUGUGCAUGCAUGUGUGUGUGAGUGUGAGACGGAGAAAAGGCACGCCGCUGGUGUAGGGGGGGAAACGCCAGGCAGCCGGUGCAGUGGUUUCCAUCCUGCUGUCCUCCUCUGCCUCUCCAAAGGACGGAAACCACCGCCAUCGGAUUCGACCCUGUGGACUAUCCCAACCUGGGAACACCUGAGUGUGUGUAUGUGUUUUGGUGUGUGUGAUCUAAGGAACCGGACUUAGCCCUACGGCAGCAGGGCGCGUUGGAUGACUUCAGUGCACGAGGGCUUGGCCGGUGCACAUGGGCUCCCCUCACUAGUUAACGGGGCUGGUGAGGCGGAGCGGGUUCGUCCGGUCAUCAUGUGCACUCGGGCUCAUCCUGACCCCGUCCCUGAGUGCCAGCUGUUCCCUGGAGAGGUGGAGGAGGUGGAGGAGGAGGUGGAGGACGAGAGCCGGGAGAGGGAAUCGGACCGAGACAGCGCCGUGGAAAGCACCCAGGGCUCGGACACCUCGGACGGGCUCACCAGACUUGGAGACAAGGAAGACACGCUGGGAGUUCUGUUCUUCCCCGGGGAGAAGUGUGGUCCAACUUGUAUCUCUGUAACUUCGGACCUGUCGACGCGUUCCUCGGCCUCUCUGAACGAGGAACAGUUUGAGGACUACGGCGAGGGGGAGGAGCCAGACUACACUCCCAGCAGCCCCUGCCCGGAGGACGAGACUCGCACCAACGGCUACUCCGACCUCGGCUCCUCCGUGCCAUCCAGUGCGGGACAGACUCCUCGUAAAGUGCGUCACCAUUACACCGGAGAGCUCAUGGACGUCUACUGUUCUCAGUGCAGCAAAAAGGUCAACCUGCUGAAUGAUCUGGAGGCUCGGCUCAAAAACCUCAAGGCCAACAGCCCCAACCGAAAAAUCUCCAGCACUGCUUUUGGAAGGCAGCUGCUCCACAACAGCAACCUGAGCAGCAGCAACGGCAGCACCGAGGACCUGUUUAGGGACAGCAUCGACUCCUGCGACAUCGACAUCAAUGAGAAGGUGAGUUCUCUGGAGAAGAAAGUGGCCGAGCUGGAGAACGAGAUUCUGCUGAACGGAGAUCUCAAGUCCAAGCUGAAGCAGGAGAACACUCAUCUAGUACACAGGGUUCACGAGCUGGAGGAGCAGCUGAAGGACCAGGAGACCCGGGCAGAGCAGAACCUGCAGGGGGAGCUGAGGAGACACAGGGAGGCCUACGCCAAGAUGGAGAGAGACAAGAACACGCAGAUAGAGCUGCUGACCAGCCGGUCCAGGCAGCUGGAGGACGAGAACAGCGAGAUGUCUCUGAACAUGUGCCGCCUCCGGUCGCAGACGGAGAAGCUGGACGAGGAAAAGCAAAGGAUGACGGACAAACUGGAAGACACGAGUCUGCGGCUGAGGGACGAGAUGGACCUGUACAGGAAAAUGAUGGACAAGCUGAGACAGAACCGCCACCAGUUCCAGAAAGAGAAGGACGCCAUGCAGGAGCUGAUCGAGGAUCUGCGCCGCGAGCUGGAGCACCUGCAGCUCUUCAAGCUGGACGCGGAGAAGCCGGGCCGCGGCCGCAGCUCGUCCUCCAGCCUCGCCGACUUCAGCAACCGCGGCCGGGAGGUGGAGCUGGAGCACGAGGUCAAGAGGCUCAAGCAGCCGUUUACGUCCCAGGACUUCCUCCCCCCUGAAAUCCACCACCUGGUGUUGUCUGGGGCUCGCCUCUGCCCCGCCCUGAUGGAGAACCAGAAGCUCAGAGAGCAGAACGACGACCUGAACGGUCAGAUCCUCAGCCUCAGCCUGCACGAAGCCAAAAACCUCUUCGCCACCCAGACCAAGGCCCAAUCUCUGGCGGCAGAGAUAGACAACGCCUCCAGAGACCAGCUGAUGGAGGCCCUAAAAGAGCAGGAGGAAAUCAACUUACGGCUGCGGCAGUACAUGGACAAGAUCAUCCUGUCCAUCCUGGACCACAACCCCUCCAUCCUGGAGAUCAAGAACUAGCAGCGAGGCAACCGCGGGGACGAUACCUCCCCAUUCAGCUGUCUGAUCAGAACCUUGGGGCCAGUCAGGAACCCGUAUACAAGGGAAACAAAGACUUUUUGUUUUGUUUCAGGCAAACCGAUGUCCAUCGCCUGCUGCUGGUAGUCGU